AUGACCAUGACCGACGAGGAAAAGCAGUCGGGCAAGCUCGAGGUGCCCGGCUCCCCGGAGCUUGGCCAUGUAGGCGGCGACCAUCUCGGCGACAACAGCGACGGCCUCCAGCGCCGCCUCAACAACCGCCAAAUCCAGCUUAUCGCCAUCGGCGGCUCCAUCGGCACUGCCCUCUUCGUCAGCAUAGGCAACGGCCUUGCCCUCGGCGGCCCCGGCAGCCUGCUCAUCGCCUUCACCCUCUACUCGCUCGUCCUCGCCUGUGUCAACAACUCGCUUGCCGAGAUGACGGUCCUCAUGCCCGUGUCCGGCGGCUUCAUCCGCCUUGCCGGCCACUGGGUCGACGAUGCCCUAGGCUUCAUGGCUGGCUGGAACUUCUUCCUCUACGAGGCCCUCCUGAUCCCCUUUGAGAUCACGGCCCUCAACCUGGUCCUCUCCUUUUGGGAGCCCAAGAUGAAGGAGCCUGGUCCCACCGCCGGCAUCUGUGCUGCCGUCAUCAUAUGCUAUGCUGCUCUCAAUAUCCUUGCUGUGCGUGGCUAUGGUGAGGCUGAAUUCUGGCUGUCGGGAGGCAAGGUGAUCCUCAUCUUCAUCCUCUUCUUCUUCACCUUUGUGACCAUGCUCGGCGGCAAUCCCAGCCACGACCGCUAUGGCUUCCGCUACUGGAACGACCCGGGCGCCUUCGCUGAACACCACACGACGGGCUCGCUCGGCCGCUUCGAGGGCUUCCUCGGCGCCCUGUGGAACGCCUCCUUUGCCAUUGUCGGCCCCGAGUACAUCUCCAUGGUGGCCGCCGAGGCCAAGCGUCCCCGCAUCUACAUCAAGGCCGCCUUCAAGACCAUCUACUGGCGCUUUGCCAUCUUCUUCUUUGGCAGUGCCCUGGCUGUCGGCAUCGUUGUGCGCUACAACGACCAGGUGCUCGUCGACAUCAAGGACGGCAAGACGCAGAGCGGCACGGCCGCGGCCUCGCCCUAUGUCAUUGCCAUGCAGAACAUGGGCAUCGAGGUGCUCCCGCACAUUGUCAACGCCCUCAUGUUCACCUCCAUCUUCUCGGCCGGCAACACGUACACGUAUUGCGCCACGCGCUCGCUUUACGGCUUGGCCCUCGAGGGUCGUGCGCCAAGCUUCCUGCGCAAGUGCUGGAGCAACGGCGUGCCCAUCUAUUGCUUCUGCAUCGUCAUGUGCUUCCCGCUGCUGUCCUUCCUGCAGGUCGGCAACGGCUCGGCCAUGGUUCUCGACUGGCUCGUCAGCCUCAUCACCGCUGGCGGCAUCAUCGACUACCUCGUCGUAUCCAUUACCUUCAUCUUUUACUAUCGCGCCUGCCAGGCUCAGGGCGUCGACCGCAAGUCGCUGCCCUACUACGGCUGGGGCCAGCCCUACUGCGCCUACAUUGCGCUGUUCGUCCAGUCGAUCGUCGUCAUCUUCUACGGCUACUCGGCCUUUACGCCCUGGAGUGUCGACGGCUUCUUCCGCCACUACACGAUGCAGAUCAUCGCCCCCAUUCUAUUCUUUGGCUGGAAGUUGCUUAAGCGCACCCGCGUUGUCCGCCCGCACGAGACCGACCUGGUCUGGCAACGGCCCACCAUCGACCGCUACGAGGCCAGCUUUACCAAGGAGCCCGUCGGCUUCUGGACCGAGAUGCUGCGGCUGGUUGGCAUCAAACUCGGCAAGAAGAAGAGGGACCAAGGGGAUGUGUGA